GCUGCUCCUGGUAACUGCUCUUGCAGUCUUGGUAAAACUGUCCUGGUAGCAGUCUCUCUAUUUAUUAUCGAUUGGACCUUGAACCUAACCUUGUAAAUGCUUCUUCACCUGGGGUGACCUAGCGCCGGGACAGAUGGGCUUGUAACUAAACCAGCUAUUCCCACAUUUCUCCAGACUCUUCUACUUUCCUUUCCUACUUCUUUCCUCGCAACUCCUUCUCAUGUUUAUCAACCCCGGGUCUUAACAACAAACCUCAAUUGAUCUUUGGCUUUCAUAGCCACCUCUGCGUUCUUCGUAUCGCAUCGCCUUGCCAUUGAAUGUAGGAUUCCUGUCAUUUCUCUUGACAGUAAUCACAGGAAGACAGGCCACUUGGAUCUCGGCUCUAUUUCAUGGCUUGACUACCUGAGCUGAGCCGCAACAUUUUAUAUCGAGAUUCCAGAACGCUUAUAACUCAUCACACGUUCCGCCUCACAGCUACUCGCUUCAGAUCUCACAGUCGUCAACCGAUCUUCAUUAAGGAUAGGGGCCGGCACCCUCCUGGUCUAUAUUCUCUAUCUAUAGUGCAAAGACAUAAUUGCACGGCUUAAAUUAGAUAGGAUUGGACAGCUUGAAACUUCACAUAUCAAACCCGGCAUUUAGUCAACAAGAACAACCGAGGUAGUUGGAAGGAGAAGAGAAUCAUGAGUUCACCUACAGCCGCCGACCCAGCGGGGUCCAUAUCGCGAGAGGCGAAGAAGAGGAAGGGCGUACGAAAGGUCUUGUAUAAUGUGAAGACCGUUUUCAAAUGGAGUGCUCGAACUAAGAAGGGGGCUCCACCAGCCGCACCCGCAGCCGCAGCCGCGGUCGUAAGCCAACCUGCUGCGCCUUCGAAACCGCAGUAUGACGGUGCCACCAAGAUUCCUCGGAUACAGAUUCAUGAGGAGCGUGCGAAGAAACUCGGUACUAGGUUUGGCUUGGAGAUAAAACCAAGUGAAUGGCAUUCUACCGAGGGAGAUGUGCUCCGAAUUGAGAAGUCAGUCCGCAUGCGAAUUCACCGGGAGUGCCAUCAAUGCCAUUCCGCGUUCGCUGCUGGCGAUGAGUGUCCCAGUUGUAAGCACAAGCGUUGUAAAUUGUGUACUCGGCACCCUGUCAAGCUACGCACGGAGGAAGAGAAACAGGCUAUGCGAGAAAAGAGGGAGGCAGCCAUCCGAAGGAACAAGCAGAAUGCUCCUAUUAUCCCUAGCUACGAUUAUGCGGAGAAAGUUGUCUUGAAGCGUCCCCGUAAGACAGGGCAGGAUCUGGUCUACAAGGGCAAGGCCCGCGUGCGUGUCAGAAGGCAUUGCCACGAGUGUAAUAACCUGAUCACCGGCCAUGCCAAGCAAGCAAGAGUUUGCGACAAUUGCGGUCACAAACGUUGUGCCGACUGCCCGAGAGAACCGAAUGACAAAAACAAGUAUCCAUAUGGAUAUCCUAAUGACGAACCUGGCACAAACUUUAAAGGAGUUCACGCCUGUCACGAAUGUAGAAAGAAGUUUCCGCCAAACUCGGACGAUGGGACCGAAUGUCGCAACUGUUCGCACAAGAAGUGCACCGAUUGCCCGCGAGUUAAGCCUAGGAAAGUCGACCCCGAACCAGACCCCGAUAUUUUGGAAACCCUCCGACUCCGCGUGGCGGCCCUGUCGACUGCGGAUAGUUAACUAUUUCGAGCAUACUUCAUAAGCCUAAAUGAAACCGGACGAGAAUCCCGACCCGACCGAAUCUUACUCCCGACUUGAUUUUGCUUCACAGCAUGUACCUAAGACUGGACUACAUUUCCACAACCCUUCAUAUUCGGACCAAGUGUAUAUAUCGGAUCUGUCGACGGUAACAUUAUGUGCAACGAAUUACGAUAUGAGCCGCAUUAUACCACCUUUAAGCACGCGUUGAUAUUUAAAUUUAUUCCAACUUCCUAUCCUUACGAAGAUUGAUUAGACACAUACAUUGGUACUCUGAAGAUAAAUAACUACGUUUAUUGUGCGCGAGUUAGAUGGGCGCACAUGGCAACUGGCACUAAGUUGAUAGUUUCACUGCUGAGUUGCAAUGACAAUGUAAUUACCUUUCUUGUCGAUCUCGGCACUACAAUAUCGAGACGAGAAAUAUACGUUUACCAUAUAGUUCAUAUAUAAAAAAGUCCGUUCUCUUUGAUGCUCAUUGAGCUA